CUUUUAUUAUUAUUCUUGUGUUGUGGUUGUGACACUUUCACUUUUGUACGCGAUAUAUUUUAAUUUUUAAACUAUUCCCUAAAUUUUACAUCCUCCGUCUGGAUCUCUUUUAUUCUUAAUGUUUGUUACUUUUAAAUUUUGGCUAUUAUUAUUCUUACAUUAAAGAUCCUCAUCUGUAUAUUUAGAAAUAUGGCCACUGCUUUAUCUGAUGAAGAGUUUCAGCGCAUGCAAAUGCAAUUAUUGGAACUUAGAACUAAAAAUUACAAUCUUGGAGAAAAGAAUGUGAAAGUACAAUCUGAACUGUUGCAAAACAACCAAAAAUUGGAAGAGCUAAGAAAAGAACUUGUUAAAUGUCAGAGAAUAAUAUCCCGAGGCAAAAACUAUAAGGAAGUUGAACAGUUUUUACAGGAAAAUGAAGCUCUUCAACUUAAAUUACAAAUGCAAGAGGACGAGUUUCGAUUACAGAAUGAAACUUUGAUGCAAGAAGUUUCAAGCUUAGUCAACUCUAACGAGAUGUUAACUAAGGAAUUAGAAUUAAUGAAAGCUGGGCAUUUAUCAACAUCUGAGCAGUAUAAACAAGAUGACAUUAUUAAGCUUCAGGCUGAAAAUGCAGCGCUUAAGAAACUGCUUUCUGAUUAUCAGAAUGAAGGUAGUGCAAUAGGUGAAAGUGAAUUUGAUUCAACCAAAAAGAUAGAAUUAGAACUUAAAUCAAACACUGCUUUGGAAGAAAACAAACUACUUCAGGCAAAUAUGAGAAAGAUGGAAAAUGAUUUCAAAGAACAGCUUUUAAAAAUGCAAACUGAAAAUGAGAAAAGCUCAGAAAAGCUAAAACGAAAGCAAGAAAGCUUCUCAAAAUUGCAAGAUGAAAAAGAAAAAUUAUACAACGAGAAUAAAAAUGCUCUUGAAAGUCUGCAAACCACCAAAGAUAUGGAAGUUCAGCAAUUGAAGGAUCAAAUUCGAAAUAUGCAAUCCGAAUUCAAACAAGCUUUGCUGUUUAAUGAACAGUUAACUAGUGGGGAAGUUAAUAAAGAUAGUGAUGCAGUGGUGGAAUUAAGUGGAGAUACAGCUACUUUUGACUGCUCCAUAAGUGAGACAAAACUAUCACUGUUGAACAUCCAAAGUAAAAUUCAGACAUUGAAUAAGCAACUAUCAGAAUCUGAAGAAGCUAGAAAGGAUCUUGAAAAAUCAAAUGAAGAUUUAAUCGCUAAGCUACAAGAUAUAGAAAAAGCCAAGAAAGAAAUCGAGGAUUCUUUUCUCGAGAAAUCCAAAUUGGCUGAAAAUCGCAAGCAGUUGAUGGACACCAUGAAAAAUCAUCUUCUAGAAACAACUAAUAAACAUGCUAGUGAAAUCGAAAACCUGACAAGGCAGUUGGCAGAUGAACAAGAUAAACUGCAAAAGCUCUUUGAUAAAGAAAAGGAAACUGAAACAAAACUCAUCGAGUCUAGAAAUGAUGUGCAGAUGUUGAAAGAGGAAUUGGAAAGACUUCGCACAGAUUGCAAAGGUUCAGACUCUAAAGUAAAGGACUUGGAAGAUGAAUUGCAGAAAAAAACAGUCGAGUUUGAAAUCAUAAUAGACGAUAAAGAAAAAGAACACGCCAAUGCUAUGGAUAACUUAAAAGAGGAAAUGGAGAGCGUCGUCAAAGAUUUAACGAUUCAGUUGGAAGUUGCUAAAGCUGAGAGAAUGGAAUUCGAAGAGAAAAUUAAAGUUUUGCAACAAGAAGCAAAAGAUUCUGUCGAUGAACGAAAAAUUCAGGAAAAGAAGGGAGUUGCCAUGGUUAAAGACCUGAAACGUCAACUACAAGUUGAAAGGAACCGCGCAGAAAAAUUGCAGGAACGUCUUCAGGAAGUUCUAAAUGACCAAAACCGCCCCGUCGAUGACAUAUUGCAGUCUGCCGGUAAUUUUGAAAAAGGUAAAGGGGAUGCAAGUAGCAUCAGUUCCUGGAGCUAUGUAUCUGGAGGAACAGCUGAAAGAGAAAAUAAAGAUGUUACUCUGCAGAGUGACACUUCUUCGGGAGGGCAUGACUCCCCAAACCGCCUGUCACCCUCCAUAUUAGAAACUGAAACUAACAGCCUGAUUGCUAAAGUUGCAGAACUUCAGCAAAACAAUUCAACUCUGGGGGAGAAAGUUAGCCAUUUAGAAUUGAGUAAUGAAGCUCUCGUGGAUGAUGUGUUGAAGAAAACUGCCCUGAUACAGUUCUAUUGUAUGGAGGGUCGUUCGGAGCAUCAUGCGUCUGGCUCCUCCCAGGAUAAAUUGACAAUUAAACGCAUUGUAGAUUUUAUCAAAGAUAGAGGUGAUGAAAAUUUAAAAGAAAUAAAUAGGCGAAUGCAGAGAUUGCUAGAAGAAACUCUUACAAAAAACAUGCAUUUACAAAAUGACAUUGAAGUCCUGUCCAAUGAAGUGUCUCGUUUAUCUAAGCUUGCUAGUAUGCCUGUUGAAAAUGGGCUGCAAAGUGCUGUUUAUGUCAAUGAGGCUUAAAAAAGUAACGUAAUUCAUUUUAGUAAUCUAGUCACUUUUAAUUCAACUUAUAAAAUGAUAUCUACUAUGGUUACAUAUUUUAUCAUAUAGUAUGCAAAAGCUUAUUCUUAAUCAAAACAAAAUUCUUUCGUUUCCUCGGAAAAAUAUAUGAUGCAUAGGCCUCUGGAGGUUAAUGUGCGUCAAUAUGUUAUGUCUAUGGAACCUGUAUUUGUGUUAGAACAUUUUGAAACAUUAAGCCUUUCGAUUAGGUGCCAAUUUUAUACAUCCAAAGUUUAAGUGGAAAUGCUCAGUAGAUACGAAGACCCUAAAGUAUCACGUAUAGAAUUCCCAAAGUUCCAAAAAAAAAAAAUUGUAAUUGCGAAUUUAUGUAAUAAAUAUUCUUUCACAUAUAUUUUGGAAGAGCAAAAAGAAUUUCGUAUAGUGCUUAAAACUGGUUCUUUAAAUCUAAAUAACAGUUUUGGAAGUAUUUGAUGUUAAUAAUCGCUUUUAUUUAAUCAUCAGACUAUCUAAUGGCCAGGCUCUUAAACAGUGUUAUUUGAACUGUUAUUUCUUAACAAAAAAGUAUACUUAAGAAUAAACUCUUUUACUUAUUAUAAAUGGCUCCAUUUUUGAAAGCUGGUCUUUCAAAAUGUAUUAACAGUUUCGAUACAUAAACUUAACCAGGUCUUCUGAUAUUGUUUUCAUAGAAUUGCUAGCCUGCGGGUUCCUUGAGUAAAAUUAUGCUUAAAAUAGACGCCAAACGUUACAUAGAAUUGUAAGCUGAACCAUACUCAUGUGACCUAAUCUUAAAAGCUUAACUGUGAACUUAUUUUAAUAACUUUUCCUCUCCUAUUACAUGGAUUUUGACUUUUUAAAUGGCAUAAGGGAAACUUAUCAAUCGAGUCCCUUCCAUAUGGAAUUACAGUUAAAGCGCUGAUUGUACCACCAAUCACAGCACAAUUUAUCAUGAUUAAAAAAAAAAAAUUAAGCAAAUUUUAAAAUAUUUGUGGCUGUUAAUUAUUUUGUAAAAGCAUGUAUAUUAUAAACAAGCAUUCAGGUGUAUUUAAAUUUUGUCAAUUAUAAAUUUCAGAAAAAAAUUCGUGUGAAAACAAAGUGUAAAGGAAAGAUACAACUUUUCUUUUCAAAAUUUCGUUAAAACUUAGUUCUUUUUAGUUUUAAGUAACCUUUCUUUGUUAAGAUUAAAACAAGAUUUGGUUGUGUAUAUAUAUAAAUUUAUCUUAUUAUACUUGAGUGCGAGAAAAGUGCUAAAAAAAUUGUUUUUGUUCUUUUCUUUACUGUCUUUUUUGGGUUUUAAAAGUUCUUGCUAUCAUAACUAUAAAACCUAUACUAUAUUUCAUAUCGCUGGUACCAUGCCAAAAAAUAAAGAAAACUGAUUUUUUGGCGAAUGGCGUGAUGCCAACCAUGCAUAAAAAGAGUCCACAUUUUAAACUGGUUGUAACGCCCAUUAAAAGUCUUAAUUUUCUGAUAUUUAUUUAUUUGUUAGCUUUUAUUGAAAAAAAAACAAAUGCAUUCCUUGUUUGUAAAGUUAUAAGUUUAUUCUUUUUACAUUUUUUCUCUGCUAUUUCUUUUUUAUGUUGAGCUUAUUAUUGUUAUCAAAAAAGAGCUAAGAGGAAUAAUAUUAAAAAGCGUGAUAUUUUUAAUUGAUUAUACUUAUAAAACUAGUGAUUCUUUAUUGGUAAUUAAUUGUUGUUUACCUAUGAAAUCUUUCUAUGUUAAUAAAAUAAAGAAUUAUUUAGACCGUGA